CCUAAAGUGCCAGUCACGUGACAUGAGUUUGGGAAGAUGGUCGAAGUUUGUGCUUCCCUAAAGUGAACCCGCGACGAAAACAGCCUUUCGAACAAGGGCUGGGACUUUUCUACGGCACUGUCAGUUUCUUUCCCAAGUCUCUCCUGGAGUGCGGGCUUCAUCGUAGCUCUAUGUCAUGGCAAGUGAAGUAACCAAGGCAGGCAGUUCCAAUGGUUACCCGAUGAAGGCACAGCUACAAAUUACUGUGUUAUCAGCAAAACUAAAAGAGAACAAGAAGAACUGGUUUGGUCCCAGUCCUUAUGUGGAAGUUACUGUUGAUGGUCAGUCCAGGAAAACAGAAAAAUGCAACAACACUCACAGUCCCAAAUGGAAGCAGCCACUUACGGUGAUUGUGACUCCCUUCAGCAAACUGGUGUUUCGAGUGUGGAGCCACCAAACCCUGAAGUCCGACAUCCUGCUUGGCAUGGCCAAGUUGGACAUCAGUGCGACGCUCAAGUCUAACAACAUGAAACUCUCUGACGUGCUGCAGACCAUACAGCUGUGUACAGACCGAGACCAGACGGAUGUGGUCGGAGACCUUUCCGUCUGCCUGGACGGCAUGACAGUUGAUCCCGAAAUGUUCGCCAAGGCUGAAGUCGACCAUCAGAAUCUAUCAAAUGGAGAAUCUCGUCCUAAUGGAGAACAUACCCCAAGACACAGCCGAGACAGUUCCCCGGCUGUGGAUGGCGUCGAGCACCGCUCAUCUCCGCGUGGUCGAAGGUCGGGGACCGCCUCUGGUUCUCCGCUGGUGUCGACAGGGAGCGUGCGGCCUCUGCGGCCACCCAGACCCUCCAGACCACCUCCUCCAACCCCGCGCAGACCCAGCUCUUCACCAGCAUCCUCCAGCAAUAGCUCUACGCUGGCCGAGAGCAGCAAUGGUCAGUCGGGUUCAGGGACACCUGUGCGCACUACUGUCCAAGGGCCCUCAGCAGCCCCAGACUGCAGUCCUUCGACUGGCUCGGACAGGAACACUCCAUCCGUUGCAUCGACCUCUGGACCUCCGGCAACCAGACAGCCAAUGAGCAGCGUCGGCCCUGCUGCCUCAUCCAGAGUCCCUGCAGUCAACUCUGGACCUUUGCCACCAGGGUGGGAGCAGAGGGUUGAUCAGAACGGCAGGUUGUAUUUUGUUGACCACGUAGAAAAGAGAACGACAUGGGAGCGCCCAGAUCCCUUACCACCAGGCUGGGAACGUCGCGUAGACCAGAUGGGCCGCGUUUAUUUUGUCGACCACAUAACGCGGACUACCACGUGGCAGCGUCCCACAGUAGAGACUGUGCGCAACUAUGAACAGUGGCAGCACCAGCGCAGCCAGUUGCAGGGUGCCAUGCAACAGUUCAACCAGAGGUUUAUAAUUGGGGACCAGGCAGCAGCCUCACAAAAUAAGGAGUAUGACCCUCUUGGGCCUUUGCCGAAUGGAUGGGAGAAAAGAACAGACAGCAAUGGAAGAGUGUAUUUUGUGCACCAUCCAACGCGGUCAACGCAGUGGGAAGACCCACGGUCACAAGGGUUGUUGAAUGAGAAGCCGCUUCCCGAAGGAUGGGAGAUGAGAUUUACUGUUGAUGGUACUCCCUACUUUGUAGACCACAACAGGAGAACUACCACCUACAUUGACCCUCGCACUGGAAAAUCCUCACUUGAAAAUGGACCUCAGAUCACCUACGUCAGAGACUUCAAAGCCAAAGUACAAUAUUUCAGAUUUUGGUGCCAGCAAUUGGCAAUGCCUCAACACAUCAAGAUUAAUGUGUCACGUAAAACUCUGUUUGAGGACUCCUUCCAGCAGAUCAUGAGCUUCAACGCUCAGGAUUUGCGAAGAAGGCUGUGGAUUAUCUUCCCUGGAGAAGAAGGUCUCGACUACGGAGGUGUUGCCAGGGAAUGGUUCUUCCUCUUGUCCCAUGAAGUGUUAAACCCCAUGUACUGUCUUUUUGAAUAUGCUGGAAAAGAAAACUACUGUCUUCAGAUCAACCCCGCCUCCUACAUAAAUCCCGACCACCUUAAGUAUUUCAAGUUCAUCGGCCGCUUCAUUGCCAUGGCGCUUUUCCACAGCAAGUUCAUCGACACGGGUUUCUCAUUGCCAUUUUACAAGCGCAUCUUGAACAAGCCUUUGGCCCUCAAAGACCUAGAGUCAGUCGACCCAGAGUUCUACAACUCCCUCAUUUGGAUCAAGGACAACAACAUCGAAGAGUGUGGCCUGGAAAUGUUCUUUUGUGUUGACAAGGAGAUCUUAGGUGAAAUCACCACGCACGACCUGAAACCUGGCGGAGGAGAGAUCCAAGUUACGGAGGAGAACAAGGAGGAGUACAUCAGGUUGGUAGCAGAGUGGAGGCUGUCGAGAGGAGUGGAAGAGCAGACCCAGGCAUUUUUUGAAGGCUUCAAUGAGGUCCUCCCGCAGCAAUACCUGCAGUAUUUUGAUGCCAAAGAGCUGGAAGUGAUGCUUUGUGGCAUGCAGGAGAUUGACCUUGCAGACUGGCAAAGAAAUACCAUAUACAGGCACUACGCUCGCGGCAGCAAGCAGAUCAUGUGGUUCUGGCAGUUCAUAAAAGAGAUGGACAAUGAGAAGAGAAUGCGGCUGCUACAGUUUGUCACUGGUACCUGUCGUCUGCCUGUCGGAGGCUUUGCUGACCUCAUGGGAAGCAACGGUCCACAGAAGUUCUGUAUUGAAAAGGUGGGAAAGGAAAACUGGCUUCCCAGAAGUCACACAUGUUUCAACAGAUUGGAUUUGCCACCUUACAAGAGCUACGAGCAGCUGAAGGAAAAGCUGAUGUUUGCCAUUGAGGAGACAGAAGGCUUUGGACAGGAGUGACAUUUUGAACUGGCUGUUGCGCUGAAGCGCCAGCUACUGGGAUUGAGAGCACGGGGUUGAAACGGUGAAACCUUCCGUUCAUUUUGUUUGCGGGGGCCCAGGCCCGGUGCUUGCGUAUUUAUUGCAUUCACCUCCAAAGGAAAGCUUUUAAUCGGUAGUCUAUUGAAACCAAAAUCAUAGAAAACUGAUUCUGGGCUCCAGAAUGAGCAUCAUGCAACCCCAUCUUCUGACCAUUUUAAGGUCAGCGGCAACCGGGAGACAGCGUUGGAGUCUUGUCUAGUCGCUUAUUAGUCAAACUAGUCACUGCUAUGGCAAGUUUUCUGGGUUACCAAAAUUAAGCAGAUUGUAUUGUUGGCUCUUUAUCAACAUCCACUAGAAUGAUUGUCGCUUUUCUCACUUGCAUUUCCCCCGCUAACAAGACUUUUUUUUUUUUUAAUUAGCUUUGGUUCAUGCCUUUAAGGAGAGAGAAAAAAUAAAACAAUAACAAAAUGAUGCUGCAUAUUAAAGCAAACUAUGGUGCUUACCGCACUCACUUGGGAGACAAGCUGUGAGACGCAGCCCUGAACGGCACCAUGAUUGUGACCAUAGUCGUAUUUUUAAUGUUCAAGGAUUACUGCAAUGGCAGCGUUUGAAAAAGAAUCCUAGUUUUAUAGGACCACGGGUUAGACAGGCAUUGUAUGACUAGGGAAAAAGGUUUGUCAUGAUUUCUGGUGUUUUUAGUGAUAUACAUGACCCCAAAUGGCGCGUCCUUUAGGGAAUGACAUGUAUUCGGAGAUGGAGAAACACCAAAAUGAAAGUCGAGCCAAAUUGAGUUCUUUUGUUCUAUUUUGCUCACACAGGCUAUAUAAAUGGGUAAAAAAAUAACUUGAGUUUUUAAAACCCCUUCAGAUACAUGAUUCAAAAGAUCUAAUUAAUUAGUUAACAGUGUUAUGUUUUCCACUUUAUUUUUUAUAAACUUUACAGCAGCAAUUACUGGUACAAGAAACUAGUGUGAAAUAAUAGGCAGUGUCUAUGUCUUCAUUUUUGAAGAUGUGCUCUUCAUUAGACACCAAAUAAGUGUUGUUUGUGGCUCGACAUAAAUAAAAAAAUAAUAAUUCUAACAGUGUUUUUGAAAAUGUGUACACAGAGUGGGAAAUAGAAUAGGAAUAAAAGUCAUCCUGUGCUGUCACCUAGUUCGGGGUCAGUUAUUUAAUUUGUGACAAUAUCAAGAGUUAGCAAAUAGAUACAGUGAAUACAGUCUACAUACCCAGAGUCAAAUGCCAUGUUUUUUUUUUUAACUAAACAAACUAAUAUGGUUUGCCUUCUACUAAUUGGGGACGUGGCUGUGUUCCCAAAGAACCACUCAAGAGUGUAUGUUAAAUGGAACUCGGCAUAGACCCUUUUUUUUUUCCCCUCUCCAAAUUGAGUUGUACAGGUUUGAGGUCACAUUGAUCCAGGUCUCCAGACUGCCCCUAAAUGGUGGCAUUUUUGUCCCUAAAAUUUGAGACAGUGCAACUACAGUUAACAUCUACUCUUGCCAGGGCAACCAGUAAAUUUGCCUCCCCGCCCCCGUAAUUACUUUUCUAGAUGUUUGUUCUUGUUGCUGGCAAACUUUGUCUCCACACUCCGCAGCUCAUUUAUCAGUAAUAAAAUAAAAAUUGAGUCGGGUGAAUAGUUACCUUGCAAGUCAAUGUACAGUAUGUGCCCGGAAAUAUUCUACUUGCAGCCCUAAAAGGUUCGUUGGGGGACACUGUGCUCCCCGU